CAUGUCAAUAGUACAUCUGUUCUCUCGUGCAAAACAGGACUAACAAAACAAAAUAACCUGAAAAUCAGUGAUUAAAGUGAAGUGAUUGUGCAGGAAAUUAUGAAAUUCAGAUGAUAUGCAUCGUUCGAAAUUUCUCGGCUCGUCAUCAUCGAUCACCAUCACCAUUUCACUGAAAUCACUACUGAUAUAGCAUCAACUUCUCUAUUUGAUCAACGAUUAUCAUUAAUUAUUACUUUUCUAAUUAUAUUUAAUUUAAAUAUAACAACUCAUUACCCACCGAAUUAGAAGAAACCAUACAUCGCGUUUUUAACACACAAAUACAUAUCUAUCUCUCAAGUACUAACCGAUCGACUGACUGAUUAGUAUAAUCAAGAAAGAAAAAUAAAUAGCUUUAAAACCAUAAUUAAUGAAGAGAAAACGAAAAAUUAGAAACUCGACAUUUAUGCACCAUUUAAUGCUUUAAUUUCUGCCGGAGGAAUUUCAAGAAAUUAUUUUUUAUCUAUUUGUUCGUUUGAUUCGAAUUAAAAUCGCGCCAAAGCAGAAUGAUGACUGAAAUUAAAACACGUCCCAAUCUGCCUAAUUUGGUGGCUGAUGUGCCCAAUUUGGCGAAUGGAAUCAUUGCUGAUCCUAAUACUAAGACGACCUACAGGAUUGGGAAGUUUUUAGGAAAGGGUGGAUUUGCUAGAGUGCACGAAGUGACAAACUUACAUAAUAACGUAACAUAUGCUGCCAAAAUCAUUCCUAAAUCUAAGAUGACUAGAAAAUAUCAUAUAGCUAAGGUUGCCAGAGAAAUCAUGCUUCACAAGGAUCUCAUUCAUGACAAUGUCGUGAAAUUAGAAUUAUUUUUCGAAGACGUAAUAAACGCUUAUAUAAUAUUAGAAAACUGUCCGAAUCAGAGUUUAGUGCACCUGAUGAAAAAGAAAUCUUGUUUUUCAAUACCUGAGACGAGGUACUAUGUUAAACAGUUGAUAGCCGGCACCAAAUACAUUCACAGCAAUAAUAUCAUACAUAGGGAUUUAAAACCGGGAAAUAUGUUUUUAUCAGAAAACAUGGUAGUCAAAAUUGGAGACUUUGGACUUGCUAUGUCGCUAGAUAAAAUGUCCGAGCAAUCAGUUUUGUGCGGAACUCCGAAUUACAUUGCUCCAGAAGUUUUGAACAAAUCCUCACAGUCGUUUCCGAUUGACGUCUGGGCAAUAGGUUGUACGAUUUAUUGUUUAAUGUUUGGAAUACCCCCAUACGAAUCUGCAACCUUGGAAUUGACGUACGAAAGAAUCAAAUCUAAUAGCUGGGAUAAAUCUAAAGUUGCAUAUCAUCCUGCUCUUCUUGAUCUCUUAGAUAGAGUUUUAGUUUUAGAUCCAAACGAAAGACUGACUUUAGAUGAAAUAGAAAAACAUAUCUUUUUCGAUGCUGUUAACAACGAACUGUUGCUGGAGCAUAUGCACUUGAAUAAUUCAAUUGAAAACGAUCAAGCAAUUGUCAAUACUCACAACAACAACAUUAAUAUUAAAAAUAAUAAUUAUUCUAAUGAUAGCUAUAAUAUUAAAUUAAUAAAAGAUAACCUAAGUCAUCGCAAAGAAGUCGAAGAAAGUGAUAGAAUUUUGAUCUCAAAACGUAGAACUAGUACAAUUAAAUAUUUGCCGCCGCAGCAAAAUACGGAUCAGCCUAAGAAAGUGUCGACUAUUAAGAAGAUUGUUCAGAAUAUUUUUAGGAAACGGAAAGAUAUUAAAAGUUUCGAAGAAAAUAAGCACCUCGAGGAUAAUAAUAUGUUUUCUGGGAAUGAUCGGAGUGCAUUGAACAAUAGGCAUAAAAAAGUUGCUGCGAAAAAACAAGAUGAUGGUGUACCAAGGGAGUUACAGCGACUUUGCCCAAAGACUAUUAGUUUGAAAGAUUAUUGCAAGGCAAGCAAUAUUGGAACAAAUUCCAUGUUGUUGAAAGUACUUGAGGCCAUUUGUGACGCUUAUGCCUUUGACAAAGAUUAUAAAGGCAACACCAUUCCACAAAUUCCGGAAUACAAUUUAGUGUUCGUAGCGAAAUGGAUAGAUUAUUCGAAUAAAUAUGGGUUUGGAUAUCAAUUGACAAAUAACUCGAAUGGAGUUUUAUUCAAUGAUAGCUCGACAUUUAUCAUGAGAAGUAACUGCAGCAAUUUUCAAUAUUUGGAUGCCCAUCAGAAAUCCCACACGUUUCAAGUAAAUGAUCUUCCGAAAUCACUAGAACAAAAAUAUUUCUAUUUGAAAUAUUUCAAAGACUACAUGGACGAGAAAUUAUCUGAUGGUGCUGCAGUGCGUAAUGAGAAUGCCCUUUCAUGUAUGGAUAAUUAUGAAAACCCUAUAGUAAAACGAUGGAAUAGAACUGCUACCGAAAUCUUGAUGGAAUUAUCAGAUGGUACUUUCCAGGCAAAUUUCGCCGAGGACCACACAAAAGUCGUGCUGAGUUUUCGCGACGCACUAAUUCCUGUUCCCAAAAAUCACUCUGUUCACGAAUGGGCCAACGGAAUAGUUGUCACAUUUAUAAAUUCCAAUAGAGAAAUGUGUCAUUAUAAGGCGUCCAAUUUGCUGCAUUUUAGACCUGGAAAAUUGCUGAUUACGAGGCUGAAAUAUUUGCGAUGCGCGAUUGUGGAUUUUGCUAAACUAGAUUAAAUUCUUAUGAGGACACAGCUUAUAAGGUCAGACCUUGGUAAUUGACAUAGGAUUUAUAAAAAAAUGUCUGGUAAUUGACACACGAUUUGAAAAAAAAGGUCUAUUAUUUGACUUUUUUUUAAAAA